AUGGAAUUGGGACCGGACUCUAUCAACACGGCAAAUCAGUUCAGCUAUACUUCCCUUCCUACAGCUCGCUCCGUUCGCUUGUUGGAACUCCAUCCACCACUGGCAGAUGGUGGCACUUGUUUCACACUAUUCACGACCGAGCUGGAGACUGCACCGGCUUAUGAUGCUUUGUCAUAUACAUGGGGAAGUCCAGCCUUGCCAUACAUUGGGCCAGAUCGUGGAAGCGUCUCACCCAUCGCUGCACCCUUUGUCGUGAAUUGCAACGGCAAGCCGUUCCUCGUUCAUGAAAAUCUGAGAGAUGCAUUGAGGAUGCUCCAGAGCCUUGACUUUUCAGCCGUCGGCCAAAUCAAAUCCCGAUAUCUGUGGGUUGAUGCAAUAUGCAUCGACCAGACAAAUUUGGCAGAACGUGCCGCCCAAGUGCGUCUGAUGGACCAAAUCUAUCAGCAAGCCGAAGUGGUCGUCUCGUGGUUGGGACCAGAGGACGAAACAACGUCAGAUUUGUUCGUAGUUAUCGAGAAUCUCUCCACCAUAUCGCCCGACCUAUACAGCUGUGUCAGCAUGGAAGACAUUUGGAGGCCAGAAAUCUACGCCUCGAAGCUCGGAAUUUUGCCCUUGACGCAGAAACAUUGGCUAGCGUGGGUCGCUUUCAUGCAUCGCCCCUACUUCGCCAGAGUGUGGACCGGAUGUCACGUGAUAUAUAGCGCUGCAACAAACGCUACUGGAUUCUGCGCGUCUUCGAUGAAUUGCUGGUUAUCAAACGGUGGCGUAUUGUGCGAUGUUUUGAAUGCGUUUUAUCACAGAUUUGUUACGCGUUUCGCCUCGAAUUAA